AUGCGCAGAAAUAUUUCAGACUUUAAAAACCAUGAAUAUAGUAAUAAAGCGUUGAUUACUAAUCAAAAGAAACGGGAGAAACUGGAAAUAACAAGACACCAAAACAGAAAACAAAGACGGAAUCAUACAGACACAAAAAAGGAAAUAAAGACGGAAUCGUACAGACACAAAAACAGGAAACAAAGAAGGAAUCAUACAGACACAAAAACAGGAAACAAAGAAGGAAGCAUACAGACACAAAAACAGGAAACAAAGAAGGAAGCAUACAGACACAAAAACAGGAAACAAAGAAGGAAGCAUACAGACACAAAAACAGGAAACAAAGAAGGAAGCAUACAGACACAAAAACAGGAAACAAAGAAGGAAGCCUACAGACACAAAAACAGGAAACGAAGACGGAAGCAUACAGACACAAAAACAGGAAACAAAGAAGGAAGCAUACAGACACAAAAACAGGAAACAAAGAAGGAAGCAUACAGACACAAAAACAGGAAACAAAGAAGGAAGCAUACAGACACAAAAACAGGAAACAAAGAAGGAAGCAUACAGACACAAAAACAGGAAACAAAGAAGGAAGCAUACAGACACAAAAACAGGAAACAAAGAAGGAAGCAUACAGACACAAAAACAGGAAACAAAGAAGGAAGCCUACAGACACAAAAACAGGAAACGAAGACGGAAGCAUACAGACACAAAAACAGGAAACAAAGAAGGAAGCAUACAGACACAAAAACAGGAAACAAAGAAGGAAGCGUACAGACACAAAAACAGGAAACAAAGAAGGAAGCCUACAGACACAAAAACAGGAAACGAAGACGGAAGCAUACAGACACAAAAACAGGAAACGAAGACGGAAUCGUACAGACACAAAAACAGGAAACAAAGAAGGAAGCAUACAGACACAAAAACAGGAAACAAAGAAGGAAGCAUACAGACGCAAAAACAGAAAACAAAGAAGGAAGCAUACAGACACAAAAACAGGAAACAAAGAAGGAAGCAUACAGACACAAAAACAGGAAACAAAGAAGGAAGCCUACAGACACAAAAACAGGAAACGAAGACGGAAGCAUACAGACACAAAAACAGGAAACAAAGAAGGAAGCAUACAGACACAAAAACAGGAAACAAAGAAGGAAGCAUACAGACACAAAAACAGGAAACGAAGACGGAAUCGUACAUAAACCAAAUAAGAUAAACAAAACAGGAAUUAUACAGACACCAAAUAAAAUAAACAAAGCGAGAAUUGUACAGACACCAAAUAAAAUAAACAAAGUAGGAAUUGUACAGACACCAAAUAAAAUAAAUAAAGAAGGAAUUGUACAGACACCAAAUAAAAUAAACAAAGCGAGAAUUGUACAGACACCAAAUAAAAUAAACAACGAAGGAAUUGUACAGACACCAAAUAAAAUAAACAAAGAAGGAAUUGUACAGACACCAAAUAAAAUAAACAAAGCGAGAAUUGUACAGACACCAAAUAAAAUAAACAAGGAAGGAAUUGUACAGACACGAAACAGGAAACAAAGAAGGAAUGUCACUUCCGGUAUUGAUGGCGACGGCCGUUUCAUUUCUAGUUCCGUUGAACGAGACCUGUCUUUUGAAGAUAAUACCAGUUAA